GGGGGCGGGCUCGCUGCGCGUGCCGGGCGGGGAAGCGGCGCGAGCCGGCGCCGUUCCGUUCGCCGCGGGGGCGGCUCCGGGGCCUGAGUGGGCGCCGCCGCCUCAGUCGCUGCUUGCUGCUUCAGCCGCCUCAGCCGAGGGGGCCGGGUUGGAGGAGGCUGCGGCCGCCGGAGAGCCACGCGACGGCCCCUCAGCUCCGGCCGGGAAGCGAGCCAGGUGGGGAGUCCGCCGGGGCUGGAGGAGCGAGAAGGAGGGCUGCGGGGUGGCGGAGUGCGCGGCCCUGGAGCGGCGACCCUUGGGAGACAGCACGCCGGGCCGGGGAGGGCUCUCCGGUCACCCGCGCGCGCGGGGGCCCGCGGAGCGCAGAGCCGGGCUGCGCGCGCUGCUGAUGCAUCCUGAGCCCGGCUGGCGGGGAGGAGGCUCCGCGUUAGGUGCUGAAGGGGGCGAAGGCGGCAGGUCCUGGCAGAGGGCAGGAUGAUUGAGGAAGGCGGGAACAAGCGGAAGACCAUGGCGGAGAAGAGGCAGCUCUUCAUAGAAAUGCGUGCUCAGAAUUUUGAUGUCAUACGACUAUCAACGUACAGAACAGCUUGCAAGUUACGAUUUGUACAGAAGCGAUGCAACCUUCAUCUUGUUGAUAUCUGGAAUAUGAUCGAAGCUUUCCGAGACAAUGGCCUUAACACGCUGGACCACAGCACGGAGAUCAGCGUGUCCCGCCUGGAGACCGUCAUCUCGUCCAUCUACUAUCAGUUGAACAAGCGCCUUCCUUCUACUCACCAGAUCAGCGUGGAGCAGUCCAUCAGUCUCCUACUCAAUUUCAUGGUCGCCGCCUACGACAGUGAGGGCCGAGGCAAGUUGACCGUGUUUUCAGUUAAAGCUAUGUUAGCAACCAUGUGUGGUGGAAAAAUGCUGGACAAAUUGAGAUACAUUUUCUCCCAGAUGUCAGAUUCCAAUGGCUUAAUGAUGUUUGGAAAGCUUGACCAGUUCCUGAAGGAAGCCCUGAAGCUCCCAACAGCUGUCUUUGAAGGGCCAUCCUUUGGUUACACAGAGCAUGCAGUCCGUACCUGUUUUCCGCAGCAGAAGAAGAUAAUGCUGAAUAUGUUUUUAGACACCAUGAUGGCUGAUCCUCCUCCCCAGUGCCUUGUCUGGCUACCUCUCAUGCACAGGCUUGCCCAUGUUGAGAAUGUCUUCCAUCCUGUGGAAUGCUCCUACUGUCACUGCGAGAGCAUGAUGGGCUUCCGAUACCGAUGCCAGCAGUGCCACAACUACCAGCUCUGCCAGAACUGCUUUUGGCGUGGCCAUGCCAGCGGCGCUCACAGCAACCAGCACCAGAUGAAGGAGCAUUCCUCUUGGAAAUCCCCUGCAAAGAAGCUGAGCCAUGCAAUUAGUAAAUCUUUGGGAUGUGUACCCUCCAGAGAACCCCCACAUCCUGUUUUUCCUGAGCAACCAGAGAAACCACUUGACCUUGCACAUCUAGUUCCUCCUCGCCCUCUGACCAAUAUGAAUGACACCGUGGUUAGUCACAUGUCCUCUGGAGUGCCCACUCCCACCAAGAGGUUACAGUAUAGCCAAGACAUGCCCAAUCUCUUGGCCGAUGAGCAUGCGCUGAUAGCCUCCUAUGUGGCUCGUCUGCAACACUGCACACGUGUGCUGGACAGUCCUAGCCGACUGGAUGAGGAACACCGGCUUAUAGCCCGCUAUGCUGCCCGGCUAGCUGCAGAGGCAGGAAACAUGACUCGUCCUCCCACUGAUGCCAGCUUCAACUUUGAUGCCAACAAACAACAGAGACAGCUCAUUGCAGAGCUGGAGAACAAGAACAGAGAGAUCCUGCAGGAGAUCCAGCGCCUGCGGCUGGAGCAUGAACAGGCUUCCCAGCCCACCCCUGAGAAGGCUCAGCAGAACCCCAUGCUGCUAGCAGAGCUGCGCUUGCUGAGGCAAAGGAAAGAUGAGCUGGAGCAAAGGAUGUCAGCGCUGCAGGAGAGUAGGCGAGAGCUGAUGGUGCAGCUGGAGGGGCUGAUGAAGUUGCUAAAGGAGGAAGAGCAAAAGCAGGCAGCUCAAGCCACAGGGUCACCACACACAUCACCCACCCAUGGAGGUGGCCGCCCUAUGCCCAUGCCUGUGCGUUCUACAUCUGCUGGCUCCACCCCGACCCACGGCCCGCAGGACUCACUGAGUGGAGUUGGGGGAGAUGUCCAGGAGGCCUUUGCACAAGGUACGAGGAGAAACCUCCGCAAUGACUUGCUGGUGGCUGCUGACUCCAUCACCAACACCAUGUCCUCCCUGGUGAAGGAGCUCCAUUCAGGUGAAACCCAAGGCUUUCUGCCUGCCUCCUCCUCCGCUUUGUACUCCUGCCCCUGCCCUGUCCCACCACCCUGCACACAGCCCUUCUUCCCACUCCACUUUCCCUUCUAGGAAUACAGGGGAUCUUCACCCAGUGCCUCCCUCCCACAUGAUCACAGUUUAUAUUAAGAACAGUCUGAUUGAGCAGACACAGUUGCAGCUUGAAGGAAACCCUGCUCUUCAGUGCAGCCACACAUCUCCUUACUUCUUCAUCUCUGCCUACUCUUUCCCUAGGCUGGCCGUCACUUCAUUCUGAAACUAAGCUGGAUGUGGCAGCAGUCAGCACCAAGCCACCUGUCUCUAUUCCAGCCGCCCUUUGGCUUUCCUGUUUGACUCUGUUUGAAACUCUACCUUCUUUUGUCCAUGAGCAGGCUCUGAUCUCACCUGAAGACCCGGCUGCAGCUCCCUCUGCUCUUCACAGUGGGUCCUAUCUGACUUCUUUUUCUGUCUCUCCAUGACUCAGCCACUACCAUGGUUUCCUGGAGUUCUCUGCUUCACAGCCUUUCUCCCCUUACAUGAAACCCAGGAAAGAAAGUGGAUAAAAGACCACCAUGCUUCCAAGUACCCCCAGGCUCCGUCAGUAAUAGAGCCGCUCAAUGCUUAGGAACCAUUUUUUCAGCCAUGGCAUUCCUAUGAGGGUGACCGGCCUGAGUGCUGUGUGCAGCAUUCACACCAAGGACCCUCCUCUGACCUUUAUUACCUAAUGCAGUGCUUGUGAGUACUCUGCAGUGGCUUAGCAGGGCUGUCAAGUAAACGCACAGAGCAGCGUUCCCGUGGAUCAUGCAGACACUCCCAUGGAAGGCACACCAGGGCAUUUUUCAGCAGAGGGAAGCCUCCUGUUCAGAACUGUUACUGCCACACUUACCCUCAAGUCCAUCUGUUUUCCUGCAGGAGAGGUUACUCCUGUGUCCUGAUUGGCUUUCCCAGCUAAGGUUAGCCCCAGAGCGGCCAGGACACAGGAAGCUCAGGCGCAGAGGCGGAGGAGCAAGCUGGCACCGAGAAGACAAGGGAAGGUCUUCCCCCCAGAGGCACAUUCCUGUCCGUCUUUCUGCUGCACACCUGGACCAAGCUUGCAGGCUGCCAGACUCACUCAACCUCCAGAGAGAGGAGCCAAGCCUAUGGGAAGUGGGGAGGGACUGCCUGAGGCCGCAGCUGGUGGGCCUCCUGCAUGUACUAGCAUCCGCAUUCCUCCCUCAGGGCAUGGUCUCAUCUCUGCAUCAGGAAUUUACCAGGAGAUGGAAAAGAACAGAAAAAGCCCUGAGCCUGUGUGUGUUCCUUCCGGCACCUGGCCAGCAUGGAGGGCUCUCCCUAGUCCUAGUGUGUGCACAUGCAGUUCUUUCCUGCCUUCGACCUUUAACAACAUUUUCUGUCUAUGCAAAGAAAGCUGCAGGCCUCAUUCAGUUCUGCAGACAUUUACACCCUAUCCUCAGUGCUAAAAAUAGCGACACCACCCCCCCCCCCUUCCUCUUUGACCUGGUGAGGAGGCUUCCGCCUGCACAGUGGCGUGAGGCCCUGUUGCUGUGUAGCCAGGAGGAAGGCGGAGAACUUUAGGGGCCAGUCAGUGGGGAAGCAGCCCUGAUCUGUGUGCCAAGCUGGGACUGGCCGCCAGGGGGCGCACUGCCUGGGUGCUACUCAUGCAUCCUGUCCUGGGGUCCUGUGGAACAUGUGAUCGCCAAGUCCCAUUCACAUUGAUUUUCCUUUUUUUUUUUUUUUUCUUGCUCCCUGAGCUCCAGGAUGUUAUUUUUAGUAGAAGAGCUAUUAUAAAUAUUUAUAAAGGGCAGCGAAUGAUGUGAGAGGGCCCACAGCUGGCACUGCAGCAUUCCUUACCCACCUCUGCAGACCCCUCCCUAAUUCUGAGGUGUGUGCAGAGCCAUGGGUUAGGUCCCAUGAGAGUCUCCUAAAGGAACAGUGAAGGGAGAAGGAGGAAUGGAUACUGUUGCAGUCCGGCUCCAUCUGUCUCUCUGCCUUCACUCCCAUUUCUAGCUGGAGUAACUCAAGGCUGGGAGAAGGGACAGGAACCUUGCUGAGCCAAGACCCUCAGUGUCCUGGGUACUUAGAAUGAAAGGCAGGUGCACCAAGGAUCACUGCCACUGUGAGGGCAAAAAGAAAAAUAGGAGUUGGGUACUAGCCUCUGCCCAGCUGUUGGAAAAACACUUGGUUAGCAGGCAAAGCUAAGGACUUGGAAGGCCAGCAGGGGUUUAAGACUGCCCACUCAGGGAAAGGAGAUUCAGGCUUAUGGAUGGCCAGAGGGGCAAAGAUGAACGAGUCCAUGUAGAGAGUUCUGGGGAUACACUACAUACCCCAGUGGUGAAAUGUACCCCAUAAGGGUAAGACAGCCUCACAGACAUGCGGGCUGUUCUUUCCCCAUCCUCAAUUCUCACACUCUGUGAGACUCAAGGUCGACUCCUACCUCCUGGCUCCUCACAUGAGCUUGUUUCCUCCAAAGCAGCAAGAGACAGAACAGUGAGAGUACCCAGGGCCACAGGGCCAAACUGUGCCCUCUGCGCGUCUCUGGGAGGAGUGAUGUUCACCUCACCCCUGACCAGAUGGCCAAGGAGAGGGCUGCAUUCAUUCCUCUGAUGCCAGCAUUAGAGACACGAUGUCACCUUUGUUAACAUCAAUUCUUGAUUUCUUUUAGAGCUAGAAUACCCAUUAUUAUAUAAAGGCCCCUUACAUUUGGUAUCUGCUUUCUAAGUUCUGUACCAGGAUCUUGUCUCUAUGACCUGGGACACAUAAGGCCACUUUAUGGUGGGCACUUUCUUGUUAAUUUUUCCAUAGCAACUUAGGAGCCUAAUUUAAUUUGGACUGAUGAUGUGUGGAAGACAUGCACGGGCAGAUGCCCUGGCUGGAGAGUUGAACUGCUUGACAGCACCGUGGUCUGAAUUGCUGCUUUCUGUGACAGGGAAGAACCAGAUGCUCCCUGGGCCAUCUUCUGUAUGUGCUGAGGGAAGCUUGAGACCCUAGCUGACCCAGAACUUGCAAUCUUCCUGCCUCUGUCUUGAAUGGUCAUAGACCAGAUAUGUGAGAUUCCAGACAUGUGCCACCAACCUGGCCAUCCUGGGAAGCCACUGCCCUCCUAGCUUUGAUGCAUGUGCACAGCUGUUCUGAACUGUUCUUACCUGGCACUCUGAAUUUACUGCUUGGCUGGUUUCCUGCAUUGCUGGCUCCCUGUUCCCGAUGCCCACCAGCAUUAGAAAGGCACAGUUGCCAUGGCAAUACUGAAGUCAUCUGAAUUCCUGCAGCAGUGUCUGGAAGAGAAGGGCUCAUGCAGAGCUGGGUGGUGGGCCUCAAGCCUGGCCUCAGCUAAUGUACUCUUCAGGGGUCAAGUGUUUGGUUACAGCUGGAGUGUGGGAGGUAGGCCUCUGGAAGACCCUACCCUCACAGACUUCCAGAAUUGGAGGACUCCCAGCAAGGGUUCUCAGGCAGCACCCUAUUCCAUCCAGCAGUCCUCAAACUGAGCAUGCAUCUGAGUCUGCUGCAAGCUUAUUAAUGCCUCCAGAGUGUUUGAGCAGCCACUCUGGGCUGGAGCCAGCGCUUUGCAGUGGAGUCCCAGGACAUCUUGGUACUCAGCCUGGAGCCUAUAUUGUCAAAACCACUUUGAGCUUCUAAGAAGAGGAAACGAAUCCCACCCAUGCAGGGAACAAUUUUUUUAGUCAGGUAGAAAAGUCUGUUGUCUGUCCUAGAAGAAGAAGAGGUAGAGGGAACCUCAAAAAUCCCAUUGUUUCCCUGGGGUCUGGAAAAAGGUUAUGUGUACUGGGGCUGGUGACCCCUAUACUUCAUUUGUCUUUCUUUUUUUCUUUA